ACUAAAAAUUAUUCAAAAUAGGGAAUCAAAAUCAUAAGCAAACUAUUUAUAAUAAUAAUAAUAUCGGUGACAAAAUGACCAAUAGUUUGGAUUUUAAAGGUAAGGUAGCUAUUGUUACCGGUGCCAGCAGUGGCAUUGGCGAAGGUAUAGCCAAAUAUUUGGCCGAAUUGGGCGCACAAGUGGUCAUAACCGGCCGUAAUGCCGCUAACCUUAACCGUGUGGCCAAAGUUUGUCAAACUAUAUCACCCAAAGGUCUGAAGGCACUAGAAGUAGUGGCCGACAUAACCCGCGAUGAGGACGUCCAACGAUUGGUGGACACCACUAUUGGCGCGUUCAACAAACUGGAUAUAUUGGUCAACAAUGCGGGCCAGUCGUGGACGACAUCUAUCUACGACCCGAAUGUCGUACAAAACUACGAAAACGUUAUGAAUCUGGACCUGCGGUCAGUUAUCCAAUUGACACAACUGGCUGUACCUUAUUUGGAGCGCUCAGGCGGUAACAUCAUAAACAUAUCCAGUAUUGUGGCUCUUAAACCGAUUGGCCCGUUUUUUGCCUAUUGUAUGGCCAAAAGCACGUUAGAUAUGUUUACAAAAUGUUUGUCACUGGAGUUGGGACCCAAAGGCAUACGUGUCAAUAGUAUUAAUUCAGGUGCAGUUAAAUCAAACUUUUUAGCUGCCAUUGGUUUUACUGAGGAUAUGGUGAGAGUACAAGAGGAAAGUUUGAAACAAUCGUCACCAUUAGGUUUGUACGGUACACCACAAGACAUUGCCCACGUAGUGGCCUAUUUGGCCUCCGAUGACGCCUCCUAUGUCACGGGUGUUAACUUUUCGGCCGACGGCGGCGCCUAUUUGUCGGAUCUGAGAAUUGUUGACCAGUAAUUAAGCGGUCAGUUUGAUGCUAACGGUUCCCAUUA